AUGAUUUCUACAUGGUAUAUGAGCAAGACCUUUGAAAAUCCUGUCUCUUUGUCUUCUCAAUGGGUGAUUCUUCUGGGAGAGCUUCUGUUUUUUUCGGGCGAAUCCGAUGGGAAUCCUAAUCUUCGCCUUUGUUCGGUUCUUCUAAAUGGAUUUAACUAUAUUCCUUGGUCAAUAGCUGUCAGUUUGGCUCUUGGAGGAAGAUCGAAACUUGGCUUCAUCAAUGGAAAUAUUCUUGCACCUGCUGUUGAUGAUCCAAAGUAUGAGGAUUGGUUCUGCAAGGAUCAACUUGUCAUGUCUUGGUUGCUAAACUCUAUGGAGCCUCAAGUUGCUGAGAUUUUCAGUUUUUUUUUUUAA